UCCUUCCUGUUUUACCUUCUCUCCCCCUUCGCGCGUCCAGCACCGGGUCAAGCCUUCAAGAGCCCGCUCCCCGACAUGAUCCCUUCCCCAAAGCAGCAUUUCCGCCUUCCACCUUACUCCUGUGGCUUUAGUGGGGUGCUGGACCGAGCCUGUGCCGUUGUCCGGCUCUUAACUGUACAAGGGACAUCCUAGCCAGAGAGUUACUGGGCCCCACCCCGCACUGCCCCGCCUCUAGAGUUAAGAAGUGUUGCAAUUGUUCUUGGAAAAAGCGGGGAAGCAAAUUGCACCCGUUCAAUCAGAAAGGCGCUGGAUAUAUCUCUGCAUGCGGAUCAUCAGCACCGAUGCCAGCAGUGGGGGCGCUCCGAGCUCUUCUGCUCCGCCGCCACUUUCCUACGGGCCGGACACCGGAUUACUUGACAGAGGCUACGCGGGCUCUUGCUCUGCCAUGCUAAAAGUGGCCCAAAUGUUAUUGUUGCUGAUUGGGUUCAUUUGUGUAAGAUCUUCAUCAUGGACAAAUUACAAUUCAUACAGCUACGUUGAAAUUGUCUGCAUAUAUGACUUAAUUAUGAUCUUCAUUUUUUACAUUGUCUACAUCUUUAGAGCCUAUCGAAAAUUAACUUGCAUCAGCUGGCCACUUGCGGAGUUUCUUCAUUAUCUAAUAGGUACUAUUCUGCUUCUUAUUGCAUCAAUUGUGGCAGUUGCAAAAAGCUCCAAUUCAGCAGGCCUGGUAGCUGGAGCGGUCUUCGGAUUCUUAGCUACAUUUAUGUGCUUCCUAAGUAUAUGGCUCUCUUACAAAGUUUCUUGUAACACUCAAUCAUCAGAUGCUACUAUAUGAGUCUUUUUCUACUUCAAAAUGUACACACCUGCUGUGGGAAGAGCUUAGAAAAACAUGCAUGAUGGAAUGGUAUACUGAGAUCCAGUAAUCUGACUUCAGUGACUGAAAAACAUUCUUACUGGGCAUAGAGUGCCAUCUUCUGGCAGUUUUCAUCUAUUCCUGAGGUGACUGUACAGCAGCCUGCUUCAUCUGGUCAAAUUUUUGGAUUCUGGGAGACAAGAAGGGCUGCAGUAAAAGAUCCUGUGGGAAGGAAAAGGUCUGUCUUUUAAACAAAGAGAAAUGAUCCUCUUUUAAUUCCAGCUGCCAAUAUUUCAUGCACUGUAGAUGAUUUCUUUAUGGCCUAGACCACUAAGGAGAGUCCAAAUUUAAAAAAAUCAAGAUGGAAAAUAUAUCCUGCAUCAAUCCAGCUAUGACUGACAAAAGUUGGAAACAUUCACCAUGAACCAACAACCGCUGGAUCAGAAAUCAUUUUCUUACCUCUCUGCAUCUCAUCAUCUUGAAAUUGUUCUUAAAAUUGGUGUCUCAUUUAACCUGCUUUGAAUAUGAGUUUGCUUUAAUAAUAUGGUUUAAGAUGGUUGCACCCCAAUUUUUUUAUUAUGCUACCCAUAAUGAAUUCCUUUUUUAGGGCAAAAUUUUAAAUAUUCUUGUUCAACCAUAAAGCUUAAAUGUUAUAUUCCUUUGAUUUCUUUUUCUUUUUUUUGCUUUUAUUUCUCUCGCCAUGUAUUUUUAUUCUAUUUCUUAUAGCUAUAUGCCUAUCAAUAUAAGAUCCAUUAAGAAUGAAGAAUGUUUAUUGAAAAUCCACUGCAUUCUACUAUUUCUUUUACAUAUUGUGAUACAUUACAAUAAUUUACACUUAUUACUAAUAUACAUGGAAAAUACAAUUCUUUGUAAUGAUCUACAGAAGCAGUAUCAAAUU